UUCCUGCUUGUAUAUGAUUAUCCCAUUAAUUGUUUGACUAUUUUCUAUGAGUCUGAGAACAUGAUUUGCAUAUCACAUGAUACUGAAAACUUAUCAUCCAUGAAACAAAAACUAUUUAUAUUUGAACUUUAAUAAGCAACAUGAAAAAGAUAAUAACAUUAUCUGCAGUUCUUACUUUUGUCCUUGCCUUCAGCAAUAUCUUAAAUGUUUCUUGUGUCAAGUACGAGCCAAAUUGGGAGUCUCUGGAUUCAAGACCCCUUCCAUCAUGGUAUGAUGAAGCCAAGAUAGGAAUAUUCAUCACAUGGGGCGUAUUUUCGGUUCCAUCAUUUGGGACAGAAUGGUUUUGGUGGACCUGGAAGGAAGCAAAGAAUCCAGCAAUAGUGGACUUUAUGAAGAAAAAUUAUAGACCUGAUUUCACAUACCCUGAUUUUGCACCACAAUUUACAGCAGAAUUUUUUAAUGCCAAUGAAUGGGCAGAAAUACUGAAGUCUUCAGGGGCAAAAUAUGUUGUGUUAGUGAGUAAACAUCAUGAGGGUUUUCCCCUUUGGCCAUCUAAUUAUUCGUGGAACUGGAAUGCAAUGGACAUUGGCCCUAAUAGAGACAUUGUGGGAGAACUUGCUAAAGCAGUAAGAUCAAAGACUGACAUACAUUUUGGAAUGUACCAUUCUUUACUUGAAUGGUUCAAUCCUCUAUACAUUCAGGACAGAGAGAAUGGAUUCAAGACUCAGGACUUUGUCAGAACAAAAACAAUGCCUGAGCUUUAUGAAUUGGUAAACAGAUAUGAACCGGACAUUAUAUGGUCAGAUGGAGACUGGACAACCACUGAUGUGUAUUGGAAUGCUACAAACUUCCUUGCUUGGCUUUAUAAUGAAAGUCCAGUGAAAGACAAAGUUUGUGUGAAUGACAGAUGGGGGAGUAACAUCAGAUGUAAACAUGGUGGUUUCCUCAACUGUAAUGACAAAUAUAACCCAGGUGUGUUGAAUAAAAAAAAGUGGGAAAACUGUAUGGAAAUGGACCGUUAUUCCUGGGGUUACAGACGUAAUGCCAGACUAGCUGAUUACUUCAGUAUGCAUGAACUUUUAUCAGAGGUUGCAGAAACAGUUAGCACUGGUGGGAAUAUACUUAUCAAUAUUGGACCAACAAAAGAUGGAAUGAUUAUACCAAUUUAUCAGGAGAGACUGAAACAACUUGGUACAUGGUUGGGAGUAAAUGGAGAAGCUAUUUAUGGAUCAAAGCCUUGGAGUCAUCAAAAUGACACAAUCACUAAAAAUAUAUGGUAUACAUCACAGAUUGCUGGAGCUGAUGUUUCAGUGUAUGCCAUUUUAUUAUUUUGGCCAACAGAUAACACAGUAAUUCUUGGUGCCCCAGUGCCUUCCUCGUCAACAAUUGUCAGUAUGCUUGGAUACGUUGGAAACUUUGACUGGAAACCAAAUCCAGGAGGUGGUAUAGAAGUAUCCAUACCCCCAAUAACAAUUAACAAGCUACCAUGCAAUGAUGUCUGGGUACUCAAACUGGAAAAUUUGUUCGAUUAAUUAUACAAUUAGUAACUGUUUAUAAAUAGUUUAUUUAUUCAGUAAAUGUCUUCUUUUUUUAUACUUGUUGAAAAGGAAUAAACUGACCAUUUUUAAUAAUAUUAGAAUCUCAUGGUAUAUGAAAUACUAGAAUGUCCUAAUCAACUUAAUAAUUAACUAAUAUAAACAUACUGCCUUUGGAUGAAGAUGUUAGGGUGGAUUAACACACAGGGAAAACAUUUAUCACCCAAGACAGUCAUUUUAGUUUGAAUUGAUGCGAGAAAAAAUCCAUUACUGUACUUCAACAUAUAUAUAGUUACCAGUACAAUUUUUAUUAAGCCAUGAUCUGUAAUGUGCAGCAAUUUUGUUAUCUUUUUCAUUCCAUUCCAUGAAGUUUUGAAAAUAUAUUUAUACAAUGAAUACAAAAGAUGUAUAUUCCAUAUUAGUCCAAAUAAUUAUGACAUCUUGAAAGGCUAUUAUACUUUUAUGCUUUGACACCUUACAGCAGUGUCAAAGCAAAAAAGGUUUAAUAGCCUGACUUAUAAUUAUUUGGACUAAUUCCAUAUACAUGUAUAUAACAAAUUUCU